CACACUGAAAUUACAUUAAUAUUUUUUAAUAACUUAUCGAUUGAUCUUUAAAUCGAUUUGCAGAAAGGUAAACGUCAUUACUAAAUUAUGAAUUGGUUCAUUCACCUUCCCAUCCCUACAGAAAACGUCAAAGUUUAAUACGCCGACGCAUGUGUCGAACAGAAUUUACAGUAAAAUUUCUUGCAAAUCUGCAACAAAUACUAUCAGUAAUUGAAGAAAAAUUGUUAAAAUGAGCCGGCAAGUAGAUAUUAAGGCUUUAGUAUCCCAUAUAGUGCGUGGCGAUGGCUCGGAUAGAUGCCGAAUAUGUAUGGGAGAUACGACGGAGGGCCAAGUUCAUUUAGAAGACACAGUUAUGAUGGAUGGAGACAAACCUGUGACGCUCGCGGAACUGCUAGAAGUAAUCACAGGAGUCGAGGUGCGGCUGGACGAAGACCUGCCCUUAGGGCUGUGCUCCCUAUGCUCGGUAUCGGCCCUCCAGGCAGCGGACUUCAGGACCCUAUGCCGCCAGGCCAACUCCCAAUGGGACACAACCAUCCAACUCCUCAACAGCAUACCAACGCAAGGAACCAACAAAAAAAUAAUGGCUAUCCUCACAGAUAACACGAUCACAGUUACCGAGCAGGAGGAGAAAGAGGCCCCAAAAGUCAAAAAGAGGACUCGCUGUGAAAAUAUAAAGAAUCAUAAGUGCCAGUGUCCUGGAUGCGGUAAGAGGUUUCUGUAUGCCCAACAUUUGUGCCAACAUUUGAAGGAGUCGUCCAAUAACCAACAUGCGUGUCAUAUUUGCGCUAAAAUUAUGACCAGAGAAGAACUGAUCACGCAUUUACAGGAGACUCAUAAUAGGGAGCCGUAUGACUGUAAGAAGUGUCCAGCCAUGUUCAGGUCCUACAAACAGUAUAAGGAGCAUUUAUCGAAGGCCCAUGCGUCUGGUGCGUGCACUUGUGGGGAGUGCGGACGUAACUUUCAAAGCCCACACGCGUAUUACGCCCAUCUCUCAGUACAUACCCCAAAAACCUGUCCUGGGUGCGACGAGUUAUUCAGAAAUCAAAAAUGCUAUCAUUACCACGUCAAGCGAUGUUGUAAUCUCGAUAAAACGCGUUUAGAUACACACAAGACCAAAAAUAAGGUCACAAUUACGGUAAAUAGAAGGAAUAAUAAAAGUAUUAAAGUUGGCAUGCGGGGUAGUACUGACUCAGAAUGCAUUUGCGACUAUUGCAACAAGACAUUCGCUGGCAAGAAGUUUGUCGCCGCUCACAUACAGAUCGUUCACACGAAGAACACACACAGACCUUGCGUUUACUGUGGGAAGCUACUCGCGGCCGCCCACAUGACGACUCACGUGAAAAAGCACGAGUCGAAAGAAUCGUUCCAAUGCGGGCAUUGUGGCAUCAUUCUGAAAACCAAGCUAGGAUAUAUACAGCAUCUAAGACUGCAUACAGGAGAAAGGCCGUAUACCUGCAAAUUCUGCGGCGAAUCUUUCUCAGCGUCUUCUAGACGCUCAGAACACGUUCGGAAAUGUCAUAAAGACUCGGAAAUCGUUCUGAAACACGCUUGUGAGUUUUGCCCGGCGAGAUUCCGACUGCCGUACCGAUUGAAGAAACAUGUCAAUGCGGUACAUGGUGAAGGCAAAGAGCAGUUGUUGCAAUUCGAGUGUAAUGUGUGUCAUCAGAAGUUUAGCAGCUGUCGGGGGUUGCUGCAUCAUAGUAGGAAACAUCAGGAUGAUGGGACGACUCCUCAGAUUCCAAGGUUGAACGCCGUUGGGGGGAAAAUGGUGGAAGUCGAGAUCACACUACCGCUGCCUAACAAACUCUGCGGCCGGUGCAAACUGGACUUAACAUCGAUAAUACCAUUUAUAAAACUGUGCAAGGAGUCAGCGAAACGCUGGAACGAGAUGUCAGACUUUUUGAACGAUCUGACAACGUCUCACAAGACCAAAAACCUUUAUAUCGAAAUCGGGAAAGAAAUUAGGACUUAUACAGAUACGUUGAGAUGUCCCGUUAAGAAAAUAACGUCGCGUAAAGAGGCGCUUAGCUGUUUCAAAAUUAGACUCCGUCAACAAAUGGUUUAUAGAAACCGAUUGGCUGAUGAUAAGAAAGACAGAUUUUCACCACAAAGCGAAGACAAGAACCGCAAAAUGACUUGUACCGAAUGUAAAAUGGAGCUGGACCCCGCUCUGCCCUGCGGCAUAUGCAGGCGCUGCUCCGACGAGACCAUCGCAGCCAUAACCUUCAGGAACCUCUGUGCGCAGUCCGCACACCACUGGCAAGAGACCUCCGCCACCCUAUCCGACAUAUACCCGCCAACACCAGAAGACAAAGCGUAUUUCAUCUUCUGUCAGAAGGAAAACACAAUCGUUAAAGACCAAAUAGAUAGGGUUCCCACUAUACAAGAUGCAGUGGAAAGAUUGAAUAACGGGUAUCAGAUCAAACGAGAACGGAAGAGAAGAACUAAGCGCUCGCACGGCGUCCACGUCGCCUGCAAGUGUCCCGACUGCGGCAAAAGGUUCUCCAGACCUGAAUAUCUGAAUAUACAUCUUAGGAAUACGCUGAACAGAGUCUGUAGACAUUGCUGUACUAUUGUACCGAAGAAAAAGCUAGCUAAACAUCUCGAAGCUCACCAUGAAGUCGUAGUUUACGAUUGCAGCUUCUGUCAUAAGCUGUUCAAAGAUACAUCAGGUUUGAAACAACACAUGGAUGAGUAUCAUGGCGAGAAUCCACAUCAUUGCAAUGUCUGUGGCAACGCGUAUACAAACGAGAGGGCUCUGAAAGCUCACGCUCACUCCCACUCCUUAUUCCACUGCACCUGUUGCAAUCUGAGCUACGAGAACAUCAAAUGCUAUAAGUACCAUCAGAAAGUCUGCAAGAUUAACGACCGUCCCUCGGUCCAGUUUCAGCAAUUCACUUGCGAUCACUGCGGCGUCACUUACAACAGAAAACCCUCGUUAAGAAUACAUAUAGUCCAAAAACACCUCAACGUUUUGCCCUACGUAUGCCAGAUUUGUGGAAAGCGCACCUCUACGUUAGCGCAUUUGAAAUCGCACGAGACUGUCCAUAAAACGGAGAGGCAAAUUUUCCAGUGCUAUUGUGGAGCGAAGCUGAGGACUGAGCUAGGUUACCAGUUACAUUUGAGGAUCCACACUGGAGAGAGGCCUUAUGAGUGCGAGCAUUGUGGUGAUAGGUUCCUGUCGUCAUCGAGGCGUCUCGAUCAUAUUAAGCGGAGGCAUCGUGGCGCGAAAGACUUUAAGCAUGGUUGCGAGCAAUGUCCGGCUCGAUUCAUGAAAGAGGAAUCCCUCGUACCGAUCGGCGCGUGCGUCGCCUGCGCCAGCACAGCACUAGCCGCGCAAGAGUUCCGCGUCUUUGUGCGAAACUCCCAAAAGCUAUGGCGGAAAGCCAUCAUCAACCUGGCCACCAUACCCGCCUCAGCAACAUCCCCCGUCAAAUCAGUCUGCGCAUUUGUGAAAGACUCGGACCUCUCCAUCCAAACGUUCAAAGAUUACACCAACAGUGACCCAAAAACUAUACUGAACAGAUUAAAAAAUCGCGUCACAAAGAAAACUGUGGACAGAAAGCCGCGCGGGGCCCGCACAGGCCCCGCCUGCUCCUGCCCCGACUGUAGGAAAGGCUUUUUGAGCCCGUACUACUUAAAUAUGCAUUUAAGAAACAGUGGCCAUAAAGAAGCUUGUCUAAUCUGUGGCUCGGUCUUCGUUAGAGGGAAAGAGAUGCAAGAUCAUUUAGCCUCAGUACAUAACGAGAAGGUUUAUCUUUGCAAAAAAUGUCCUAUACUUUGCACGUCUGAAGCGUUAUUAAAGAAACAUGUGAAAAAGGCCCACAGUGCCGGCGCUCUGACUUGCUCGGACUGCGGCAGAACAUUCCCCAGACACGCGUCUUUCGAAACUCAUUCACAAAUGCACGCAGUCAGGACUUGUCGAGCGUGUGGAGUACAAUUCACGAACAGAGGAUGCUACAGGGAGCACAGGUCCCAGUGUGAACCAGACGCGAAGCCCAACGCUCAAACUGUCCCUCGAAAUAGACGCUCCAACAUCAGAGACCCAGCCACCUUCACCUGCGACCAUUGCGGCAAAACGUACAACUCCAGACCACAGCUCAAAAACCACAUACUAUGGAUACAUAUGGACAUCCGACCUCAUCAAUGCCAAUGGUGUGGAAAGAGGUUUUACACUCCCGCGCGGCUGGCUGAACACACUGUUGUCCAUACCCGCGUUCGAAACUUCGAAUGUGACAUUUGUGGCGCGAAACUUGUCUCCAAAAUGGCCGCCGUGUACCACAGACGUCGGCAUACGGGCGAAAGGCCGUACGAAUGCGAAGAUUGUGGGGAAAAAUUCAUUUCGGCGUCACGUAGAUCUGAGCAUGCCAAACGUAGACAUAAUAAAGGUUUUAGGUUACCGUGUAUGAAAUGCCCCGCGAAUUUCGUUAGGAAACACGAGUUGAAAAAACAUAUGGAGAAAGCCCAUAGGGGGCAGGAAAAUGCCCUUGUCUGGCCUUAAAAUAAGUAAUGUUAAUGUAUGUUGUUUAAUUGCUGUGUUUGUACAAAUAUCAUGGUUUUAAUUAAAGAUGUUGGCUAGAGAAGUUGAUUAUUAAAAUGUUAUAACGCCCUUAGUUUUAUUAGGGACUAGGUAAUUAUAAUUUUUAACCAAUCUUGACGUUAUGAAAAUGCUUUUAGAUAGUUAAUGGGAAGUGUUUUUUGAAAGAACAUUUAAUUUUCAACCUGCAAAUCAUUCAUAUUUUAUCGAACCGUAGUUUAGUCAAAAUCUCUCGAA